GAUGAUGAUGAAAAUCAAACAGUACCCAACAACCGCACUGAUAACAUUGAUAACAGAAAAGAUAAAAGCUCUACGAGACGUCGGGUCAAUAUCCGAAGACGUCAGUCACACAACAGCAAUAAUAUGGAUGAUGACCGUCGUUCAUUUGAUAGCUUGGAACGAGAAAUGACUUUGAAGGAUCGACAAGAGGCUAUGAACAAACGACAUCCUUUUGGACUACCUAUUUGGAAACCAGCGUUAUACAAGAAAUCGCGAUCAGUGGUCCGCCGUGCUAAUAGUGCCUUACAUUCUUCUCCUUCAUCAUCUCCAGAAUUGUUUCUUCAUCCUGGUAAUAUCCUUUGGCUACUUGUAUUUGGUUGGUGGCUUGCUAUUGUUAUCUUUGUUCUUUCUUUGGUCAUGAUGUUGGUACCACCCAAUGGUCGUUCUUAUGGUUUGGUCAUGCGCGAACUGGCUUUCUAUUUGCUGUGGCCUUUUGGACGUUAUGUUGAACGACAUGUUGAAAUCACACCUUCUGUCUUGGAGACUGGACAUUCUGGCUCCUCUGAUGAUUGCUCUAUCAACGUUGACGAAGAAGAAGAUACUGUUGGUGAUGAAAUCAAUGAAGAUACAACUUUACUUCAUCGUCAAAAACGCAAAAACAAAGAAAAACGUCGAUCUCGAUGGACAUCUGCUAUUGUCAAUGGAUUUAUGUUGGGUCCCGCUGGAUGGAUUUAUUAUUUUUUGCACUUUACUAUUGUCACACCAUUAUUGAUGUUAGUAUCCACUAUCUGCUGGUUCUGCGUGAUCACCAUCCCAAUGGCCAAACUCAAUUAUAUGCUUGUACGUCAUCUCCGCCGUCAUCCUCUUAGUUUAAGGUUCAAAUCCAGUCCUUCUGGACAAUCUCAAUUUGUUGCAACAGGUGGCAAACCUACAGUGAUUUUAUUGUGUACAUAUCAAGCGGUUGGCUGGCAAUACUACAAGUACACUUAUGAUGGUAUCAAUAUCAUCUUUAUCAACUUGAUUCCUUUGGUUUUCUUUGUUAUUUUUGAUGAUUUUAUUCUCAAACGUUACAUUCCGGAUUCGUUUAUUUGUGGCCCUGCAUUUUUGUUUUCCAUGUCAUUGGUUUCCGUCAUUCCAUUAUCUUAUUUUAUUGGUAUGGGUGUUAGUUCCAUUUCAGCUCAAUCUUCUAUGGGUAUGGCUGCUGCUAUUAAUGCCACUUUUGGUAGUAUCAUUGAAAUCAUCCUUUAUUGUGUUGCUCUCAUCAAUGGAAAAAGUCGCUUGGUAGAAGGCUCUUUGAUUGGUAGUUUCUUGGCUGGGGUACUCCUUAUGCCUGGUAUGAGUAUGAUUAGUAGUAGUGUGAAACGAAAAGAACAGAGAUUCAAUGCAAAAAGUGCUGGUGUGACCUCUACUAUGCUUAUUAUGGCUAUUAUCGGUGCCCUGACUCCCACUUUAUUUUACCAAAUGUUUGGCUCGUUUGAAUUGAAAUGUAUUGGAUGUCCUGAUAUUCCAACCAAUGGUACAAUUGCUUGCUCUCGGUGCUAUUAUGAUCAGUUGAAUCCUACCAUUGAUCCUGUAUACCAAAACAGCGUGAAACCUCUUAUGUGGCUUUGUGCAGCCAUUUUACCUUCAGUUUAUGUCAUUGGUUUGGUGUUUAGUUUACAUACUCAUGUUGACAUGGUUUGGAAUAGCAGUAAAUCUCAUCAUGAAAAUCGUCAAGAAUCCUAUUAUCAAAAGUUAUUACCUGGUCAUAUCAUAUCUCAUUUGAUUCAUAGCUCACAUCAACAACAUCAACAGCAACAACAACAACAGCAACAACAGCAGCAACAACAUCAACAACAACAACAUCAUCAUCAUCAACAACAUCAACACCGUCAUCAACACCAAUCAUCAGACACAGAUGUGAUGAAAAUACCCCACAAACGGAAUCAGCCUACUGUCACGGUGACGAAUCCAUCACCUGAUAACAACCAUACACUAAAUACAUCACCAGUUCCUCAACGACCUUCAUUAACGACAUCCAACUCUGUCCCACCGCCUGCGAGCUCGUCAAUACCAACAGCACCAACAAUAUCACCUUCAGUUGCAGCAUUUAUUCAUGCAAAGGAACCUGAUGAAGAGGAAGAUGAAGAAGAAAUGGCUGGACAUGAUUCACCAAACUGGAGCAAAUUGAAGAGUUACAGUAUUUUGUGUUUUUGCACUAUCCUUUAUUCUAUCAUUGCAGAAAUACUUGUGGAUACGGUUGAUUUGGUGUUGGAAAACUUGGCGGUGGAUGAAAAGUUCUUGGGAUUAACUUUAUUUGGACUGGCACCAAAUAUCACUGAAUUUAUGAAUGCUAUUUCUUUUGCUCUCUAUGGUAAUAUUGUACUCAGCAUGGAAAUUGGAUCAGCGUAUGCUUUACAAGUCUGCCUUCUUCAGAUUCCGUCAAUGGUGGCCUUCUCGUAUUGGUUCAAUUAUGGAAAAGAAGAAUUGGCUCGAUACACUUUUAGUUUGGUCUUUCCUCGAUGGGAUGUGAUUACUGUUAUCUUCUCUGUGUUUUUAUUGACUUAUACUUAUCAAGAAGGAAAAGCCAAUUACUUUAAGGGGUCGAUAUUGAUUCUUAGUUAUUUUGUCCUUUUACUUGCUUUUUACUUUAUUCCACCUUUUUCAGAAACUAGUGUUUUGAUUGGAGUUCCUACUACAACAAAUUAGAUGAUUUACCUUUUUCUUUAUUUUUUUUACAAAAUAAACAAAUAGGAAAACUUUAUACGCGG